UUUUUUUGGACACCCUAGUAGAGGAUAAAGAAGAAACUAAGGAUAGUAAAGACUCUCAAGAGCAAAGUCAAAAUAAUCAACAGGCCCGUUUAUUCGACACAGUUUCCAAUGGCGGGUUGGGUGGUCCAGCCAUAGGUUAUGACCCACGUGGUUCUUCCAGCCCUUCGUACAGCGUAGAGGUGCAACAAGAAUUUGAGACAUUAAAGGACGCUUUACAAAAAAUUAGACUACAAAAUACACACAAACUAUUAGAGUCACGAACAGGCAUAAAACGUGCAGAUCAAGACAUUGUCACUAUAUUAGGUAAAUUAGCCAGAUACACAGAAGUUGCUUUCAAAUGGCUUUACACUCAGGACCCCAGUAAUGGGGCCGGUCCAUUGGAGUUACAACAAUUGUUUACCAUCCUUUCUGCUCAAAUGAACUGUUUCCAAUCAGAAUAUACAGCGUUGGUUGUGAACAAUACAUGCGAUGACGAUACAUCCAAGCUUUACAAAGCGUUACAACGAAAUCCUCAGAUGUUUAAUGAUGAAUCAAGACUGAAUUUACACACAGCUGCUAACAUUGCGUCAAGAAGACGUUUUUUGGCUUACGACUGUUUUCUUAUAUAUUCGUUAUUCAUUGGCUCAUUGAGAUCACGUGAUCAUUCUCAACGAGACAUGGUCAAAGUAAUCACCCCCUCCCCCUCACACACAUAAAACUCUCGUGUCACGUGACCUAUGCCUCGAGACUUGCAGUUUAUAUUCGCUAACUCACAUUUGUAUUCGUAAACUCACAUUUAUAUUCGUAAAGUUUCAUUUUAUUAUUCGUUAAUGUACGAAUAUUUCUUUGCUUUCUGCAAUAAUUCAUGGAAAAUUUUCAAGAUUAUUAUUCGUAAAAAUACAUUUCUGCGAUAAAAUAACAGGCAACUUAUUUGAAAUUUAUUGUAAGCUGUAGUUGGCGAGUAAUAAAUUGUUAGUUUCAAAUAUUUCCAGUCCUUACAAACAUAAAAUGCACCCGGUUUAUAUGG